UACACCAUUUAUUUGAUCGUCAGCAUUUCAAAGAGUGCUUUUGUGGAUCAUAGCGGGCAGAUGAGGGCCGCCACGUUUGCGGUGUGGGGGGGAACUUUGGCCGUCGUUCUUCAGGCUUGGGCCGUAGUUUCUGCUGAAGAGCAAUCAUGCGUGCCUGGCUUUCAGUCAGACAUGAAGUUUUUCACUGUGACCAGAAAGCACUUAGGAAGGGGCACCGUGUUGGGCAAAGUGGACUUCUCAGACUGCUCAGGUCGCACAAGAUUUCCUUUUACAAGUGAAGACUUGCGUUUCUCCGUCCAAACUGAUGGUGUCAUGAAGGUCAACAGGCCGGUGUCUCUUCAUAAAGGUCAAAUUGACUUUUUGAUGCACACCUGGGACUCUCAAGGGCGCAAGAUGACCAUUCCUGUCAGGCUAUUAUAUCAUUCAGAGAGAACUGAUGAUGCUGAAGUGCCAGUCUUGCAAUUCCCCCAGUCUAAUGGAGGAUUACGGAGGAGAAAGAGAGAGUGGGUGAUUCCACACAUUCACGUUGUAGAGAAUGACCGAGGUCCCUAUCCCUUCAAAGUAUCUCAAAUUCGGUCCACUGAAGACAAAAAUAAGUGGAUCUUUUAUAACAUCACUGGUCCAGGAGCUGAUCAGCCUCCUGUUGGUCUUUUCACCAUGGACAGAAACACCGGGAAUCUUUACCUCACACAACCGCUGGACAGGGAAAAGCAGGCCAGGUACUUGUUUAAACUCUUCGCCAUGGCAGAUGGUUCUGGAGACGCUGAGGAGCCCACGGAAAUUAUUGUCGAAGUCAUUGAUCAAAAUGACAACAACCCUGUUUUUGAAAAUGAUACCUUCUUUGGAGAAGUGGCUGAGGCAUCACCAAGAGGUUUUGAGGUCAUCAAGGUGACCGCCACGGAUGCGGAUCAGGAAGACAAUGACAAUUCUGAUAUCCGUUACCGUAUUGUGAGUCAAGAUCCCGAGUUUCCUGCGGCAAAUCUUUUUGCCAUUAAUCCAAUGACUGGCGGCAUCCGAAUCAAUGCCGGCGGCUUAGACAGAGAGAAAUAUCCCAGGUACACUUUAGAAGUGGAGGCAGCUGACAUGGAGGGUAAGGGGCUGACUGGAAAGGCCAAAGUUAUUCUCACUGUGACUGAUAGCAACGACAAUGCGCCAAAAUUCACCCAGAACUCGUACGAUGCAUCCGUGGAAGAAAAUAGAGUGGACGUUAUAGUCUUAAAGAUGACCGUAACCGAUGGUGAUGAACCACAUUCUCCAUCCUGGAAUGCAAAGUUCAAGAUUAUUAGUGGUGACCCCAAAAAACUGUUCUCUGUGGAAACCGGAAGCAACAAGAACGAGGGAAUCAUUACGACUGUCAAGGGUCUGGACUUUGAGCAGAACAGCAAACAUGCCUUGUUGGUUGUAGUGGAGAAUGAAGCUCCCUUUGCUAUUCCCCUGCCCACCUCCACGGCCACUGUGAUUGUAAACGUGCUUGACGUUAACGAAUCCCCGGUCUUUGAUCCGGUGGAGAAAUCGGUGUCGGAACUCGUAGACCUUCCCGUCGACGCCGACGUGGUGCAGUACACCGCUUCGGAUCUAGACAUUCCACGCAAGUAGACGG